AUGGAGAGUAAAGUGGUAUCGCUGAAGCAGGUUGAAGAGGUUUCGACUAGUAGUGUCAAGACACUGGAGAGCAAGUCUCCUGCACUGUCUUCUUCUUCUUCUUUUUCAGCUGACAUGUGGCCUGCUGCACGUAUUCGCAAGACGUUCAUUGACUUUUUUAAAUCACAGAAGGAACUUCCCCAUACAUUUUACAAAUCGUGUCCCGUUGUGCCACUGGAUGAUCCGACGUUACUUUUCAUUAAUGCUGGUAUGAAUCAAUACAAACCUAUUUUCUUAGGUCAAGUGGAUCCUUUGCAUCCCAUGGCAAAGCUUCAACGAGCGUGUAACUCGCAGAAAUGCAUUCGCGCUGGUGGUAAGCACAAUGAUCUGGACGACGUGGGGAAGGACGUUUAUCACCAUACAUUCUUUGAAAUGUUAGGUAAUUGGAGCUUUGGUAAUUACUUUAAGAAAGAGGCAGUCCACAUGAGCUUUACACUAUUGACGGAAGUUUAUGGCAUUGACAAGAAUCGACUAUACGCGACGUACUUUGGUGGAGACAAGAAACAAGGUCUUCCAUCGGAUGAGGAGACGCAUCUUAUUUGGCUUGAUUACUUGCCUGCAGAAAGAGUGCUACCUUUUGACUGCAAAGAUAACUUUUGGGAAAUGGGAGACGUCGGUCCUUGUGGACCUUGUACGGAGAUCCACUAUGACCGCAUUGGUAACCGGAAUGCUGCUAGUCUAGUAAAUGCCGAUGUGCCUGAUGUAAUUGAGAUCUGGAAUAAUGUGUUUAUCCAGUUUAACCGUGAACAGGAUGGAAAACUCGUGCCAUUACCACACAAACACGUGGAUACAGGUAUGGGAUUCGAACGAUUGGCGUCGAUUUUGCAAGGCAAGGACUCGAACUACGACACAGACGUAUUUACUCCGCUCUUUGCAGCUAUUCAAAAGUCCGCCAACUCGGCGCCGUACACGGGCAAGUUGGGCGAGGAAGACUCGGACAAGAAGGACAUGGCCUACCGUGUUGUAGCGGACCAUGUGCGAACACUGACGAUCGCUAUAACAGACGGUGCGGUGCCGAGCAAUGACGGCCGUGGAUACGUGCUGCGUCGUAUUUUACGUCGUGCAGUGCGUUACGGCCAGCAAUUCCUGAAUGCGCCGAGUGGUUUUCUCACGGAGCUCGUACCGGUCGUGAUAAAUAUGCUGGGCGAGGCUUACCCGGAGCUUAUUGAGAAGCAGAAAGCGGUAGAGGAGAUCGUUUUAGACGAGGAAAAGUCGUUCGGUCGUACUUUGAACAAAGGCAUUGAGCGUUUUAAAAAGAUUGCGCAAAAUAUCCGUGACGCUCAUGCGGGGUCAGAUAAGGCUCUUGUUGUGCCUGGCGAGGACGCGUUCUUCCUUUACGACUCGAUGGGUUUUCCUAUCGAUCUGACGGAGAUCAUGGCCGAGGAGGAGGGUAUGACGGUGGACAUUAAGGGAUACGAAGAGUGCAUGCGUCUACAGAGUGAGCGCUCCAAGAUGGACCGUAAGAAGGGUGGCAGCAAUGGUACACGUCCGCUUGUCCUAGAGGCCCGCGAGACCAGCACACUUGCUGGUAAGCAUAUUAACCCUACGGAUGACAUGGCCAAGUACGACUGGAACAUCAAGAUGCCAGCUAAGGUAUUGGCUAUCUUUACGACAACGGAGUCCAGCUCGAACUUUGUGGAGGAGGUCAAUGCUGGUGAUUUUGAGCGUGUAGGUGUUAUUCUGGACAAGACUUCGUUCUACGCUCAGGCUGGUGGCCAGAUUUAUGACACUGGUGUAGUUGACGGCGCGAACUUUAAGUUGGACGUGGACUCAGUAGAGUCGUACGCUGGAUACGUGAUGCAUAUGGGGCCCAUCGCUUCUGGAUCGAUCAAGGUUGGUGACUCCGUGGAGUGCCAGGUGGACUAUAUCCGCCGUGGUAAGGUGGCUCCCAACCACACCAUGACGCACGUGCUCAACUUUGCGCUGCGCAAGGUGCUAGGUACGACUGUGGAUCAACGUGGGUCGCUUGUGGACGAAUCGCGUCUGCGUUUCGAUUUCACGAACAACAAGGCGCUGAAGGUCGAUCAGCUGGCAGAUGUGGAGGCUAUUUGCGACAACGUCAUCAAGCAGCAGCUGGAUGUGUACACGCAAGAUUCCGCACAGGCUGAAGCCAAGCGCAUCCAGGGCCUGCGUGCCGUGUUUGGUGAGACGUACCCGGACUUUGUCCGCGUUGUUUCGAUUGGGCAUCCGAUCGCUCCUAUGCUCGAGGACCCUGAGAAUAGCGAUUGGAGCAAUUACUCUGUAGAGUUCUGCGGUGGUACCCAUUUGAAGAAUACAAAGGAGGCUAAGAAGUUCAUUCUGUACGAGGAGGGUGCCAUUGCGAAGGGCAUUCGUCGUGUGUCAGCCUACACAUGCGACCUCGCCAUUGAUGCUGAGAAGCGCGGUAUGGAACUGCAGGCUGAGCUCAAUGCUAUUGACAAGCUGGACGGUAUCGAGUUCGUGGAGCACGUGUCUUCUUUCAAGCCUGUGUUGGACCAGGCUUUGAUUUCGCUACCGCUAAAGAAUAAGCUUCGAAAGCAGGUAGACGGUCUCGUGAACCGCGUUAAGAAGAUCAAGAGGGAAGCUGCAGUUGCUCGUGCUGCAAACGGUGUCCGUGACGCUACUGCUGAGGCCGUGAAGGCUAAGGCGGCUGGCCAGGAGAUCGUUGUUGUGAAGUUCGACGUCGGUACGGACUCGAAACUUGGCCGUGAGAUGCUGGAGGCUAUGAGCACAAUUAUUCCGACGGGCAGCUUCAUGAUCUUUAGUACGGACUCGGACGCGAACAAGACAGCAGCUUUUACGCAGGUGAGCCAGCAGCACAUUGACUCAAAGCAACUCGACGCACGUAAAUGGGUGAACCACGCCAUGGUUGUGAUGAAUGGAAAGGGUGGUGGCAAGGACGAUCGAAAUGCUACAGGGCAGGCCAAGACUAUGGAAAAGGUGGACGAGGCUAUGAAACUUGCCAAGACUUUCAUUGAGUAA